GCUGGCAGGUUGCACCGGGCUGGUCGCUUUAAACAGUAAAUGAUCGACCGGCAGGAUGGAUGGAAACAACAACAACAACAGCAGCAGCAGUAUUAUCACCUCUGCAAUUCUAGCCAUUGAUUACAUGGACUCCUUACUCCCCGAAAACCCUUUGCAACAGCCUUUUAAAAAUGCCUGGAACUACAUGCUGGACAAUUUUACCAAAUUCCAAAUUGCUACUUGGGGUUCUCUUCUGGUUCACGAAGGCGUUUAUUUUUUGUUCUGUCUACCGGGUUUUAUUUUUCAGUUUAUUCCAGCCAUGCAGAAAUAUAAAAUACAAAAGGACAAACCGGAGAGUAUUGAGAAACAGUGGAAGUGCUUCAAAGUGUUGCUGUUCAAUCACUUCUGUAUCCAGCUGCCUCUGAUCUGUGGUACUUACUACUUCACUGAAUUCUUCAACAUUCCGUAUAACUGGGAGAACAUGCCACGAUGGCAGAUCAUUGCAGUGCAAUGUCUGGGUUGUGCUAUUAUUGAAGACACUUGGCACUACUUCCUGCACAGACUGCUGCACCAUAAGAGAAUCUACAAAUAUAUUCAUAAAGUUCAUCAUGAAUUUACGGCACCAUUUGGCAUGCAAGCUGAAUAUGCCCAUCCAGCAGAGACACUCAUCCUCGGAAUGGGUUUCUUCAUUGGCAUUAUGAUCUUCUGUAAUCAUGUAAUCCUCCUGUGGGCUUGGGUGAUCUUUCGUCUUCUGGAAACAAUAGAUGUACACAGUGGUUACGAUGUUCCCUUGAAUCCCUUGCACUUGAUUCCAUUUUAUGGUGGUUCCCGUUUCCAUGACUUUCAUCACAUGAACUUUGUUGGAAAUUACUCUUCAACUUUCACGUGGUGGGACAAGCUGUUUGGAACAGACUCUCAGUUCCAGAUGUACAAUGAUAAAUUGAAGGAAAUGAAAAAGGACCAAUAAGAAGUACACAAAAUCAACAAAAUAAAAACAUAGCAAAUCAUAUAAUCCAGGAAAUUGAGGAAUCUAAUCAACCGCUGAACUGUUUGGCAAAUUGAUGCUCUUAAUGGGUCCUGAUAGCAAAGUUUAUUUUGCUACCAUCUUUUAACAGAUAAAAUAUUCUAAAUGUUUUUCCUGGCAUUCACCUGGGGAAGCAGUAGUGUUAAUUGCACGCUUGUACAGACAGAGUCCAUGUUUCUCAUGAUUGCUAUAUUUUAUUUCAUGUACCAAAUGCAUACAUUCAUUCUCUCAUUUUAUUUGAAAUCCCUGCAAAAUUUUGAGAGAACUGUCUCAAAGUUCUUUCUCUUUCUGAAAGGAUUAUAGGGAAACAUUUUUGUGAUUAUUUGUGGUAUUGAAACUUUCAAAGAAUUAGCCCUGUUUUUUUGCAAUAUUUCCACAUUUUGUUGUAGAAAACAGCAAAUUUUUGUGAACAUGUGUUAUGCCCUAAUUUGAAUUACCUUUUAAGGUUUGAAUUUCUGGAAUAAUAUCUUGAAGUAUUGAAAGUCUUCUUCUAAGCACCAGUUACAAUUAAUGAUUUCUGUCUGUUAUAAAUGACAUAAGAUAAUACAACCAUAUGUUUCCAAUCAAUAUGUAUAUUUGCUUAUUGUGAAAUAACACCAAAUUUUAUUAAUAUCUUGUAAUAUUUUCAUUUGGGCAUUUGGGUAUGUCACUUGAUUCAAAGUUCCAAAUAUUGUCUGCACUACUGUCAAGAACUGCAGCUGACAUGUUCUACAAGGUUCAAUCAUUUGGCUGUCUUUAUCAGAAAGUGUCUUUGGUAUUGGGGUCACAACAUGGAAGGAGGCCCUCCAGUCUGUAGUACCCACAUUGGUCUUCAAAUAUUCAGUUAUUCUUGUCUCAUUUUCCAGUACUUGGCCUGUAGCCACGUAUGCUGUGCCAUUUCAGGCAUUCACCUCUCUUCAUAGGGGUAAUGCUCCAGACCAGACAACAUCCUAGUGAAUCUCCUCUGCAUCCUCUCAAGUGUGAUCACAUCCUUCCAAUAGUACGGCAACCAGAACUGUGCACAGUACUCUGGCUAUGGACUAACUAACGUGUUCUACAGCUCCGUCAUAACCUUCCUAAUCUUGUAAUUGACUAAUAGAGACAAGUAUCCCAUUUUCCACUAACUCACCUUAUCUAUCUGUCCUGCUGUCUUCAAGGAUCUGUGGACAUGCACACCAAGGGCCCUCUGAUUAUCUGUACUUCCUAGGUUCUACUGUUCAUCAUGUAUUUCCCUCUUGUUGUUGGUCUGCAGAAAAUGCAUCAUCUUAUACAUUUCAGGAUUAAAUUCUAUUUGCUACUGCUCUGCUCAGCUAGCUAGCCCGUUUAUAUCGUCCUGUAGAUUUUCCUCCUUGCUAUUUACCACAUCACCAAUUCUCAUGUCAGCUGUGAACUUACUGAUCAUAUGUCCUUCAUUAAUGUCUCAAUAAUUAAUGUACACUACAAACACCAAGGGACCCAGCAGGAUGGCUUCCAGUCACAAAAACAACUUUUGGCCAUCACUCUCUGUCUCUUCCCACUAAGCCGAAUUGUUAGACAUACUUAUCACAAUGUUUAAAUUUAGUGUGAUUUACCCAGUACUAAAAUAAUGUUUUGUAAAAUGGAUCAAGCUUAGUUCAGAUGACAUCACUUGUUUAUAGGUUGUUUCUAGUUGAUUCUUUCUAAAUUACAACUCUAACUUAAAUCUACUUUCUUUUGUGUGGAGAAUGUAUCCCGUUAUAAGUUAAUGAAAGAAACUGAAGAACCUGAGAUGAAAUAAAUUCUCAAAAUGGAAGUCAUUACAGAUAACUAAAUCUGAAGCUGCAUGUAAAGAGAUUAGGACAUGCAAUAUAUUUGCAACUUGAUGUUUUUGGCGUUUUGCUAAAGAAACAAAUAGCAUUUGGUGAUUGCAUAUUGAACUUGCUUUAUAAUAAUUCAAUGUGGAGAUCGUGUUAAAUAACAGUGAACAUUUUCAACAUUUAUGUUAAUAGAAAAUUAUGACAUUGAAGGUUAGAAAGGGUUUCAGCAGGUAAUUCAAGGGACAUUAUAGUUACAGGUAACUAAUAACUUGGAGGAAUGAGUAGACAUUUAAUGAUCUGUUCUAAAAUUGGCAACUGUUUUAAAUACUAAUAUUAAAAAAUAACCAACUGCUGGUUCAGUGAAAGUUCAAUAUCAGAAUUAUGUUCAAGUUUCUAAACUACAUGCAUGACACAAUCUGUUGUAAGUAUUUAUUAGUGUUAUCUGUGGAAAAUCUUAUAUUUUUGUGGCUUCUCAGCAUUGACAUAGAAGCAGCUUGUUCAGUGCAUCUUGUACUUCUUAGACUGUCAUCCAAAUUUCACAAAUGUCCACAGUUUGAAUUGUAAUUUUUUUUGUGGUGGUGAGUUUAUGCGUUCUGAUUUUCGCUUUGAAGAAAGGACCCAAAGCAGAUUUUUGUUUUAAAUGAUAAAACUUUUCACAAUAUUGAAAAAGGCUUACAUUUCAAAUCUACACCAUUUUCGUCUGAAAUCUGCUGCCAACAUUCACCACCCCCUCUCACCUGUGCCACUUCUCAAGAAGUCAAGCCCAUUUUCUUUUCCAACUGUAGUUCUAUCUCUAACCACUUUAGAUCUUUGUAAAGUGUAACCUUUUCACUGUACUUGCUUGAGUACAUGUGACAAUAAAGCUAAUUCUAUUUCUAAUUGUAAUCUUUUGAACGAAUUGUUGCUAUCAAGCUUUAUGCUCACCUCACUCAAAUUUCUAUUUAAACACAUCCAGCCUGGCUUUUCACCUGCCACAGUACUGGGACUAAUUUGUUUAAUGUCAUAAACAGCAUCCCUUGUUAAAAGCAAAAUAUUGUGGAUGCUGAAAAUCUGAAACAAGCACAAUGCUGGAAAAACUCAGCAAGUCUGGCAGCAUCAGUAGAGAGAGAAAUGGAGUUAACAUUCUGAGUGCUGUAUGACUUUUUCAGAACUCCUUUGUUAUUGCACACGUGGUGCUUGACCUGCUUCACCUUAGAUAUUAAUAUAGUCAACUAGUCCAUCCUUUUCUACUGAAUUUUCUCUCAUGGACUACUGUCAGCUGCCUUACUUCCAUUUGUCACAAAGUUCUUAGUACAUCACAGCUGCUGAGAAAUAUUCAGUAUUUUGAUUGAUUCUAAGCUAAGUUUCAAAGUCCACACCUUGUCCAAUAAUAAAACUGCCUUUUUCUGUAGUUUAACCCAUCAGCACAUUUGCAAUUUCUGUCACUUAGACUCAACUUCUCAAAUACUUUGCUUUCUUGCCUACUGUACCCCACAUUUACACAAAUAAAUCUGUUCAAAACUCUACUCCUAACCCCUGUUAUUACCAUUGUUCAUUGAUUUCUGUUCUCCCAGUGCAUCAAAUUCAUAAUCCUCACCCUCUGUUAUUAAUGCUUUUCUGGCCUCAUCUACUUGUGCAUGUUCUGUAAAUCCUACAUUUUGCAUUGUGACUAAUGCCUUUUUGCUCUCCUGUGCAAUCACACCAUUGGUGGCAAAGCUUUUGGUUGUUCUGGAAUUACUUUCUGGAAAUGUCAUCCAACAUUUUUACACUUUCUACACUUCUUGCAUUUUGAAAAAGAAAAUCCAAUUUUCCCUUAUUGACCCUGAAGUUGUCUCUUCAGCAGUUUCUUUCCUGAAGUGCCUUUGGACAAGCUCUAUGUUAAACAUGAUUGGACAAUGCAAGUGUUGCAAUUCCAAUUGUAAGAAGAAUGGUUUUGAUGCACUUCAGGACAAGUGAAUUUUCACCUAAAAAUAUGUUUGGGUUCAAGUUGAAACAAAGACAAGACAUAAUCUACACUUGUCUAAGGGCACCUGUGUUAGUGGGGUUGGGGCUAAGGAUGGAGAAUCUGCCAUAGCCUUCAUCUUUCAAAGAUCGAGCACAAGCUUUGUACUUUGAGAAGUUUCCUUUUGAGGCAACAAAACUGGCCCAUUGGGGUGCCGAGCUGGUAUGGACUGGAUCCAUAUAAAGAUUGAGCAGAUACUAAUUUAUAUUGCUAUAGUCCCUUCCCUGGACUAGCCAGCUCCAGACCUGAUUUUCCAGUAGGUUAAGGCAGGUGUGGUCUUCAUGGUGCCCACUGGCAAAUUCUGCACUUUCUAGUGAGAUGUCUACUGAAACAUGGACUUGUGAUUUGAAAUGCUAAUGUUUUAUCAAUCCUAAUGAUGUGCAUAAUUAGCUAAUGGUUAACCAUCAAAUCAAUUAUACAAGAUAUGAUUUAUUAAUGAAUGUGUAGAGUUUGAUUACUCCAGAAUAACUUAGCCAGUUUUCCUAUUUUUCAAAAAAAUGUUUUGUUGACCAUGAGCUUUAUUCAUUCCAAUUUUAAAUGAAGUUACUGCUAUCGAUAUAGUGCUGUACAUGCUGGGUCCCCAACUUCUGUA